UUGGUUUGUGCAGCUUGUUCACUUUUCCGUACACUAUGCAGUUUUUGUCAUCACUCCUCCUUACGCUAGAUACCAUGUCAUGUUGCUAUGAGGGCGAAACAACGGAAACAAGGCUGGAUCUUGGUUGCAGCGUGGCUUGUCUCCUUUGUUGUGUGCCCCUGCACAACUUUCUGUCAACAGAAACCUUUCUGUCAGCGACAUGGUGUGGGACCUUUGCUUGCAGCACCAAACAAGGAAGGUCCAAAAAAAAUUCAACCAGUCGAGGAACGAUCGCCUGCGAGAGAUGAGGCUGAUGCCUUGACCUUGGCACGACGUCAGCUGGAACUUGCUUUGGACCAGCAAGCAGCUGCACAAGUGCAAGUGGACAUGGCAGUGGAAGACUUGCAAACUGCCAGGCAAACAGGAGAUGAGCGGAAAAUCAGGGAGGCGGAGGAGAAGGUGCAGAAGGCGGAGGAGAAGGUGGAAAAGGCGAAGGAGGAAGUGAAAGAGGCGAAGGAGGAGGUGCAGAAGGCGAAGGAGGAAGUCCAAAAAGUCCAAGAGAAGGUUUUGCCGCUCAAGAGCGAACUGCUUGCGGGUCUGAAGUUUGAGGAUCCCAUAGCCUUACUGCAAACUCCAGGUGCUGACUGGGACUAUUGUGGUGCUCAAGAGUUGGUGGAGGAGCUGACGCCGAUAAUUAAACAGACAGUGGAGAACCCUUCCGACAAACAAGAGCGCCCAAUUCUUUUGGUUUUGAGUUCUCCUGGCCAAGGAAAAUCACGCUUUCUGCAGGAACUGCCUAUGCUGAUCAACAAAACAGAGCAAGUUGAUCCAGCUGAUCGACAACUGUUUCCGUUCCUGCUCACCUUGGAGAAUGGCAUGAGCUUUGAUGGACAGUUCGACACUGACCCUGACAAAAUCGUAGUUGCCCGCAUGCUGUGGCAGCUACUUCGGAACCGACGGGCAUCUGGAUGGGCCGGCCUGAAACCAAACUUCACAUUCAGUCAGCUGCACCGAGCGGUGGCGGAGACUGCCAAUCUCAUCGUAGAUGACAUUUUGGAUGCCAUGUGUGAGGGCGAGCAGCUGAGCGCUGCGAAUUAUAGCAUUUUGGUGGCGCUUGAUGGGAUGCAAUUUCUGCCUGGCUUUGAUAGCCCCACUGACAAGACUUCUUUGUUUUAUAAGACCAUUCGCAAGCUGUGUCAGUUGACAACUCGUGAUGAUGGUCCGUUGACGAUUGCCGCGAUGGCCGCCACAGUGCAACUCGGUGUCGAAUUUGCCCUUGCGGACAGUCCACAAAAGCGACACUAUGUCAUGCUCCCGUUGGUGGACAAGGUUUGCCGAAAUGGGAAAGCAGUAUUUAACUUCACUGGCAAUGAGGUUCUGCAGCUUCUGCAAAGUGAUAUGGGAGGGCACGGGCGAGCACUGGAGGCUUUGGAAGAUGCCUGUAACGACCAAACUCUUGAGAACAUUGACUUGCUCAAGGACGCAGUGAUUAGAAAUUUAAUGGACAGAUAUCCAAAGGCUGUCCCAGCAGAUUUUGAACCCAUCCUCAAAGCCGCUUUGUCUGGUCAGUGGUUGAAGCCGGAAGCUAAAAUUGGUAACUUUGAUCCAGAAAAGCUGCAGUUAGUGAGGCUUGAAUACAACUCAGAUAGAUCGCAACGACGAAUACGCUUACCCUACAUUUGGAUCCUUCUUGGAGUGACAAGAAAGGAUGCAUUGCCAGAUCUUGCAAAGUGGAGUCUUGAUGGCUACAAUGAAAUAUGUAGGGGUCCAGAUGCAGGUGGCCUUGCGUUUGAGGACUUUUGCGCACGCUUUCGGGUGUUGAAAUCGUUGUGCUGGCCUCCUGACGCGACUGUGAGACUGAGCGAUUUGCAUCAUGGAGCCAUUCUUCAGCCAAAGGCCUUGCGCAAUGUGAAGGUUGUCAACAGGCAUUUGAAAAACGCCCAAGCAAAACAGAGGAUGGCGACGAAUUGCCGGGACUUCCUCUUUGGGAAACCACGCAGGGAACAACCAGCACAAAAACGAAGGGUGCAAGCAACACUUGCUGAUGGUAAAAUGGUUGACCUGCAGGACACAAACGACCAAUGCUCUUACGUUUUUCUGAAUGCAGGAGGUGCACCUGCAGCUGAUUUUGCCGUGCUCUUGCAAUUGGAUGGGCAGCAAGGCUUCCUAACCGAGUGUGGGCAAUGCAAACAAGGGACUGCAAAGGUAGAUCUACAAAACAUUCAAGAUGAAAGAGCGAAUAGUUGUGAUGAAAAUGAUUUCCUACUUAUCAUAUGUACAGAUGGCAAGCAGAUAGAUCAAUCAGACUUGCCCCAUAUGACGGGAAUUGUACAGCAGGAGCAGUGGCAGCAGUACUUUGGCCCAUAUGCUGGGCGAGCCUUCCAAGCCUUCCGCAGUUCACAGCGCCAAUGAGAAAGUGAGUUUCUGUGCCUUUGCAACUGCUUGAAGUUUGCUAUGCCUUUGCUUUUUGCCUUACGUGUGCUAUGCCUAUGCUUUGUUGAAGUUGUAGACCAAACCUGAAAAGGGUAACCAACAUGAUGUAGUCGUAGACGUGUGUGAGGUCGUGGUAGUGUGUGG